ACAAUUGCGGCGGUUACAAAGUGAAGUUGUGGGGUGACUCUAUAUGGAGUUGGGACCUUUGGGGGUUUGGGAAAUUUGUCACUCACUGUAACAGCUGCAAAUUGGUUGGGAACAACCAAGCUAGGUUGGCAAGGGUGGCCAACUUGGAUGGAUUGGUUGGGAAGGGACAAAUGUCAAAGUUGGGGUUCCUAUAGGGAGGGAAUCUUUGUGCUUAUGGGGUUUCCUUGGUUGGGGACUCUCUUGGGACCUUCCCUCUCGUCCCUCUCUUUCUAUCCCAACCUUUCUCUUGCUCCUUCUAAUUCCUUGUGAGAUUCUUGAACUUUGAUUGAACCUUUGAGAUUGAGUUAACAGAAUGGCGUGGCUGAGAGGUUCAACAGGACCCUGCAGGAGGGGGCACGCACUCUCCUUGGGCGUGCAGGGCUACCUGAUCCGUUUUGGGUGUCUGCACUGAGGCAGGUCGCCCUUGUGAAGAACAGGGUGCUGGCUACAGUUGGAGAUAAGGAGUGGAUCCCAUAUAUCAAGUGGUAUGGGAGUGCUCCAGCUGUGAACAUGCUGAGGGCAUUUGGGUGCAUGGUAGUGUUUCAUGUGCCUAAGGAGAAAAGAGGGAAGCACAAGUAUGGACCUGAAGGGGAGCUGACCCGCUACAAGUCUAGGCUUGUGGCACGGGGGUUUCAGCAGACAAAGGGGAAGGACUAUGAUGAGGUGUUUGCUCCUGUGGGGAAAGGAACAACACUGAGGGUGCUGUUGGCGAUAGCUGCACUCCUGGGAUGGAAGAUUCGGCAGAUGGAUAUUGUGACUGCCUUUCUGAAUGGGAUCAUUAUGGAGGAGGUGUACAUGAAGCAGCCAGAGGGGCUGGAUGAUGGGAGCGGCAGGGUCUGCAGGCUGAAGAAGGCAAUCUAUGGCCUUAAGCAGGCGCCUCGUGCAUGGUAUCACAAGUUGGAGGAGGCGCUGGUGGCUGGGGGUUUCAAGAAGAGUGAGUGUGACCCCAGCCUGUUCCUGCUGCAGGAGAAGGAUGAAAUCCUCAUGCUCUUGGUGAAGCUGUUUCAUUCGAUGGUUGGGUCGCUGAAUUAUGCUGCAAAUCAUACACGGCCUGACAUUGCAUUUUCUACAUCACGGUUGGCUAGUGUGGUCUCACGCCCUAGUCAUGAGCAGCUGGAAGCGGCCAAGAGGUUGGUCCGCUAUGUGAGCGCUACGGCAUCAGUGGGAUUGGAGUACAGUGGAGUGAGGCAGCGGUUGCAGAGAGGUGCUGCAGAUGGGAAGAGUGGAGAGAUGCUCUUGAGUUGCUAUACUGACGCUAGCUUCAACUCAGUGAAAGCGGAUGGCACCAGCAUUGGGGGUUAUGUGUGCUUGCUAGGAGGUGGUGCUGUGAGCUGGCGCAGCAAGAAGCAGAAUGAGCCAGAGGGGGAGAUUGUUGUGUGAUGUCAUCAUAUGCUAUCACAUUCUGUCUGCCUCCCAUCCCAUGUUUUCAACUUGCAUGUGUGGUUUGAAUGUGAAAGAAUUUGUGUGUGGUGUGUUCUGGAGUUUGGGAAUGUGUUUUGUGUUAUUUUGUUUGAGCAGGUUUUUUGUGAUGAUAGAUCUUGAGAAGAUCUUUCCGACGCAACGAGAAUCCCUUCAAUCGGAGCAAGAACGCGAAAGCUAUGAAGAUUCAAAGUUCAUGAGCUUGCGUUACAAUUGCGGCGGUUACAAAGUGAAGUUGUGGGGUGACUCUAUAUGGAGUUGGGACCUUUGGGGGUUUGGGAAAUUUGUCACUCACUGUAACAGCUGCAAAUUGGUUGGGAACAACCAAGCUAGGUUGGCAAGGGUGGCCAACUUGGAUGGAUUGGUUGGGAAGGGACAAAUGUCAAAGUUGGGGUUCCUAUAGGGAGGGAAUCUUUGUGCUUAUGGGGUUUCCUUGGUUGGGGACUCUCUUGGGACCUUCCCUCUCGUCCCUCUCUUUCUAUCCCAACCUUUCUCUUGCUCCUUCUAAUUCCUUGUGAGAUUCUUGAACUUUGAUUGAACCUUUGAGAUUGAGUUAAGUUCU